ACGAUUGCAGUUUCAAAAUGGGUUCAACAUAUUCCGAAUGGAAUCAACGAGCCACUUUAUGGCUUCAGUCGAAAAUGGGUCGACGGGCAAGAAUUGGGCUUCUUGCAGCUACAGUAGUUGGAUAUCCGAUUGGAUCAAUUCUUAUUAAUGGCCCAUUCGUUAAUUUUACGUUUCCAAAAAGAUACUCCGUGGAACCAUUACCAGAACAUCUAGUACCAAUUGCUGAUCAAGAAUAUGGUAGAUUCUUGGAUCGUGAAUCUCGUAUUCCAAAAGAUGCAGUUGUAUCAGUUCAGAUUCAACGAUCAAUGACAAAUUCAGAUGAAACUGUUGCUUCAGGAUCUCUAGGUGUUCGAACAGGCCUCAAUCUUGCGGUUCCAAUGUAUUCGAGAUUUAAGAAUGCACAGGAGGCACUGGAUUAUUUUAAAAGCCAAAACCCGGAAGGAAUGGAUUUUCUGGGCGAGCGUGUACCAAUUCGAUGGGAUUCGGAGAUUGCAGAAGAAUUCACAGAUUGUUACGCAUUUUCCGAUAAUGCUCACCAUUUCCUGUUUCUCCGAGAUCUCUACGCCUAUGAUGGGUACGCUUCACUUGCUCAACGGAGCAUCUCGUGGGCUACGUGGACAACUUUCAGUUCUAUCUUCACAUAUUGGAUUCAUAAUAGUUCAAGAAUAAUGGGUGGCUCAGCAGCGUCUUUUGCCAUUGCCUAUCCAAUACUACUGGGAGCUGCUUGGUAUGCCAAUAAACAAUGGCAUUUAUUGUAUAGAUAUCUAACCGAUAUUCAUGCGGAUGCAGAAGCCGCACGAGCUUCAUUUGAGCAUGCUGAAGGUGGAAAAGAAUAUUAUUGGAAAAUGUUGAAACGGAAUCGAAUUAUGAGAGAUAUCAAACCAUCGUUGUGGAAUCAGAUUACUGCAACUGGAGAUAUUCGUGGAAUUGCGACUCCUAUUAUUACAAGAUAUGAUCAUUUAAAGGAUGUCAACGAAGAAGAUGACGAGUUGAAGGCUGUAAUUGGAAUGGACGAUUGAUUUUUUUCAGAAUUUUUAGUUUUUUCUUCUGUUUUAGGCUUGCAAUUUUUGUUUUUAGACUGGUUUUUUCUUCUUUUUUCUUGUUAUUUAUUCUCUUUCGGUAAUUAUAAAUAUAUUGAAUUA